AUGAUGACUGGCGGUGAGGACAAUGUUCCUUGCGGUGAGGACAAGUUUCCUGGCGGUGAGGACAAGGUUACCGGCGGUGAGGAUAAGGUUACUGGCGGUGGUGAGGACAAAGUUCCUGGCGGUGAGGACAAGGUUCCUGGCGGUGAGAACAAGGUUUCUGGCGGUGAGGUCAAGGUUCCUGGCGGUGAGGACAAGGUUCCUGGCGGUGAGGAAAAGGUUACAUUCUGAACGGUCUAUAGAUUUUGAUAACUCUAUAGGCGAGAUUGAUAAGAGUCCCUUAAUGUCUACAGCGAACAGCGAUAUCCAUCUAUCAGAACUCGAAUCUCGACAGAAAUUAUUACGAGUCGCCCAUUUAAACACUCAGUGUAUGACUUCAACAUUUGACAACUUUCGUCUUACGAUUGAGACAUACCCAUUUGACAUCUGUACUUUAAGCGAAACUUGGCUUAAAGGUGACAGGUUACUGCUUCAAUAUGUUAACAUCCCUGGAUAUACUAAUGUAUUCCGCAACCGAGGUAACAUAAAUGGUGCCGGCGUUGACGCCUACAUAGGUGAUGAUAUAGCUUUCAAACGUCGUACAGACUUUGAACAGCUAUAUCGUGAUUUAGAUGUUCUAUGGCUUGAGGUGCCAGGUCGAAACACAAAUAGCAAACUGUUGCUUGGCACGAUAUAUCGCUAUCCCUCACGAUAUCCCUCAAACCGGUUAUCAGUAUGCGGAGGACACUUCGCUGUACGAACAUUGUAAAACUGCCAAACUCGAUCAAUCAAUCGAUAAUAUGCAACAAUCGUUGGAUUCCCUGAAUCACUGGUCCUCACUUUCAAAUUUGUCAUUAAAUCCGAAAAAAACUAAAUUGAUGCUGUUCUCUACAGCUCAAAUUUCACGAACGCAUUCCCUCGACAAAGUUAAACUAGAUCUUAUCUGUGCUAAUCAGGAAAUAAAACCCGAAGGCGCUACCAAAUUAGUGGGCGUCAUUUUUACUGAUCACUUAACUGGAAUGAACAUAUAAAAUAUUUGACGUCUUCGUGUUGUGCUGUCUUGGCAGUCUUGCGCAAGCUAAAGCAUAUGGCCCCGUAUAACUUACGUAAACAAUUAAUCGAAAUGCUUGUCAUAUCAAAGCUAGAUUACUGUGACACAGUUUAUGGUCCUGUACAUGACUACCAACUAAAGAGACUACAGCGCAUUCAAAAUGAAUGCGCUGGUUUUGUUAAAGGCUCUUACGCUAAAGUUGCUGACGUCAUUAAUAUUGGUUGUAUUUAUUGAUUUAAAGAAAGCUUUUGAUACGAUCGAUCAUCAAAUUAUCCUACAAAAGCUUAGAAAUUAUGGUAGUGACGAAAACAGUCUUACUUGGUUUCAUUCAUACCUCACUGAUAAAACUCAAAAGUGCCGGGUAAACGGUCAACUGUCAGAUUCUGUGCCAGUGGCCUGUGGUGUACCUCAAGGUAGCAGCCUAGGGCCGUUGCUAUUCCUCAUCUACAUUAAUGAUUUACCGAACUGUCUUGAUCAUACAACUGCAAGAAUGUUCGCAGAUGAUACAAGUAUUAGUUAUGCAUCCGACUCUGCCAAAGAGCUCCAAAAUGUCAUUAACACCGAAUUGAAAGGUCUAAGCGAUUGGCUAACCACUAAUAAACUAAGCUUAAAUAUUGUAAAAACAGAAUUCAUGGUAGUUGGAUCUAGACGAAGAAUAAAAACACUAAGUAAUGAAAUAGAUAUUCAGAUAAACGGUAAUAAGGUCAACCAAGUUACUUCGGUAAAAUCUCUGGGUGUCCAUCUUGAUAAUCACCUUAUGUGGUCUGAGCAUACUGACAAACUAUGUAAAAAAAGUGCUUCAGCCAUAGGGGCUUUAAAACGUAUAAGAUCCUGCAGUUCAACGAACACGGCUAUCCAAGUAUACCAAGCACUGAUUCAACCUCAUUUUGACUACUGCUCCUCGGUCUGGGAUGGUCUUGGCGAAACGCUAAGUUCUAAACUACAAAAAUUACAGAACCGGGCGGUCAGGGUCAUUACGAGGUCCAGCUAUGACACUAAUGCUACUGUGCUUCUUGAUACUUUACACUUGGAUAACUUAUCGUUGAGACGCAAAAAACUUAAAGCUGGCUUGAUGUUCAAAACACUCAAAGGUGACACACCUACCUAUCUACAAAAUCUUUUUUCAGUUCGUGGCUCAGAAUAUAAUCUUAGGAACUUUGAAAUGAAAUUAAAUUUACCCAAACCACGAACAAUUAUCUGAAGCGAAGCUUUCAGUACAGUGGAGCAGUGCUCUGGAAUUGCCUUCCCGAAAAUAUAAGAAUGCUCCAAUCGUUUGCUCAGUUCCGGAAAGCUGUAAACAAGUAUUAUAAUAGUUUAGAUGAACUCCCACACGGCAAUCUUGUAAACCAGUAGAUCAUAUUCUUUUAUUUAUUUUUGCAUGCUUAAACUUGUAUAUAUUUAUAUACUGAAGAUUCCACCGUGGAUAAAUAAAUUUUUAUUGUAUUGUAUUGUAUUGUAUUGGUUGGCUCCCUAUUAAGGGGAGACGCGACUGGCACAUGCUAAAAAUGCCACACAAAGCAUUACAUCAAUCCCCAUGGCAAGCAUAUCUUUCGCUGAAAAUUCAAUCACGUGAGCGAGUACUUCGCUCAAGCGCAGCAAAGAAACUUCAAGUACCGCUAGAAGUGGAACAUUUCAAGAUACAACCUGGCAAUUGUUCAAUACUCUACCUGCUCAACUCAGGAAUUUCGAACAUUUCGGACAUUUCUCACGGCAGUGCAAAGACUUUUUAAUGUGUAACGCUACAGACAAAUAUUUUACAUAGCUAAAAUUUUAUCCUUAGUUUUAAAUUUUCCUAGAGAAUUUCAAUUAGUAUAAUAUAUUUUUAUGUAAAAUUUUGCAGAUGUAGAGCCACGCUGUGGAAAAGAUGUAAUAAACCAUUAUUAUUAUUAUUAUUAUUAUCACUAUUAUUAUUAUUAUUAUUAUUAUUAUUAUUAUUAUUAUUAUUAUUAUUAUUAUUAUUAUUAUUAUUAUUAUUAUUAUUAUUAUUAUUAUUAUUAUUAUUAUUAUUAUUACUUUUAUUAUUAUUAUUAUUAUUAUUAUUAUUAUUAUUAUUAUUAGGUUACUGGCGGUGAGGACAAGGUUCCUGGCGGUGAGGACAAUGUUACUGGCGGUGAGGACAAGGUUGCUGCCGGUGAGGACAAGGUUCCUGGCGGUGAGGACAAGGUUCCUGGCGGUGAGGACAAGGUUACUGGCGGUAAGGACUAUGUUCCUAGCGCCGAGGACAAGGUGCCUGGCGCUCAAGACAAGAUUCCUGGAAGUGAGGAAUAGGUCUCUGGAGGUGAGGAAAAGGUCACCGGCGGUGAGGACAAGGUUCCUAUCGGUGCGGAUAAGGUUCCUGGCGGUGAGGACAAGGUUCCUGGCGGUGAGAACAAGGGUACUGGCGGUGAGGACAAGGUUCCUAGCGCCGACGACAAAGCGCCUGGCGCUGAGGACCAGGUUCCUGGAGGUGAGGAAUAGGUCCCUGGUGGCGAGGACAAGGUUUAUGGCGGUGAGGACAAGGUUCUUGGCGGUGAGGACAAGGUUCCUGGCGGUGAGGACAAGGUUCCUGGCGGUGAGGGCAAGGUUACUGCCGGUGAGAACAAGGUUCCUGGCGGCGAACACAAGGUUCCUGGCAGUGAGAACAUGGUUACCGGCCGUGAGGAUAAGGUUACUGGCGGUGAGGACAAGGAUCCUGGCGGUGAGGACAAGGUUACUUGCGCCGCGGACAAGGUGCCUGGCACUGAGGACAAGGUUCCUGGAGGUCAGGAAUAGGUCCCUGGUGGUGAGGACAAGGAUUCUGGCGGUGAGGACAAGGUUCCAUGCGGUCAGGACAAGGUUCCUGGCGGUGAGGAUAAGGUUACUGGCGGAGUGGACAAGGUUACUGGUGGUGAGGGCAAGGUAACUGGCGGUGACGACAAGGUUCAUGGCGGUGAGGACAACGUUGCUGGCGGUGAGGACAAGGUUACCGACGGUGAGGAUAAGGUUACUGGCGGUGAGGACAAGGUUCCUGGCGGUGAGGACAAGGUUCCUGGGGGUGAGGACAAGGUUCCUGGCGGUGUGGACCAGGUUCCUGGCGGUUAGGAUAAGGUUACUGGCGGUGAGGACAAGGUUCCUAGCGCCGAGCCCAAGGUGUCCGGCGCUGAGGACAAGGUUCCUGCCGGUGAGGAUAAGGUUACUGGCGGUGAGGACACGUUCCUGGCGGUGAGGACAAAGUUACCGACGGUGAGGAUAAGGUUACUGACGGUGAGGACAAGGUUCCUGGCGGUGACCACAAGGUUACUGGCGGUGAGGACAAGGUUCCUGGCGGUGAGGACAAGGUACCUGGGGUGAGGACAAGGUUUCUGGCGGUGUGGACCAGGUUCCUGGCGGUUAGGAUAAGGUUGCUGGCGGUGAGGACAAGUUUCCUAGCGCCGAGCCCAAGGUGCCCGGCGCUGAGGGCAAGGUACCUGGCGGUGAGGAUAAGGUUACUGGCGGUGAGGACAACGUUACUGGUGAUGAGGGCAAGGUAACUGGCGGUGACGACAAGGUUCCUGGCGGUGAGGACAAGGUUACCGACGGUGAGGAUAAGGUUACUGGCGGUGAGGACAAGGUUCCUGGCGGUGAGGACAAGGUUCCUGGGGGUGAGGACAAGGUUCCUGGCGGUGUGGACCAGGUUCUUGGCGGUUAGGAUAAGGUUACUGGCGGUGAGGACAAGGUUCCUAGCGCCGAGCCCAAGGUGUCCGGCGCUGAGGACAAGGUUCCUGGCUGUGAGGAUAAGGUUACUGGCGGUUGAGGACACGUUCCUGGCGGUGAGGACAAGGUUACCGACGAUGAGGAUAAUGUUACUGGCGGUGAGGACAAGGUUCCUGGCGGUGAGGACAAGGUUCUUGGAGGUGAGGACAAGGUUUCUGGCGGUGUGGACCAGGUUCCUGGCGGUUAGGAUAAGGUUACUGGCGGUGAGGACAAGGUUCCUAGCGCCGAGCCCAAGGUGCCCGGCGCUGAGGACAAGGUUCCUGGCGGUGAGGAUAAGGUUACUGGCGGUGUGGACAACGUUACUGGUGGUGAGGGCAAGGUAACUGGCGGUGACGACAAGGUUCCUGGCGGUGAGGACAAGGUUACCGACGGUGAGGAUAAGGUUACUGGCGCUGACGACAAUGUUCCUGGCGGUGAGGACAAGGUUCCUGACAUGACUGACCCCAUUCUUCACAGAGUAUUUAUCAAACGACCAUAUGUCCAAUUAGUGCUAGGUGUGAUUAUCUUUGGUUUAAAACUUACGCUGAGAAAAUUUAGGGGCGGGGAGGGGAUGGUGGAGAACUUUCUUUUUGUGCGGUGUUUAUAUAAUAAUAUAAAUUUGUUAAUGUCAUCCUAGUUAAAUAAAGAAAGAUAUUUGGCCGUCUUUCGCAAGAAACUGUGUGAUGGUUGUUCAUCAAUUGAUGACGACUCUUCGUCUGACUCCGUGAGUGAAAAUGAAACAACACCUGACGUGCGGUCAGGUCGCGUGCCAAGCACGGCCUCUGACGCUUCCUCGUUACAAGGUUUGCCGAAAGACCGACGUACUAUAACGGAAGAUUCUGACCUCCCCUCACUAAACGACGGUCGAGACGAGAUCUUCGUGCCUAAAUCAACACGACUUAAUCUUACACAGAAGAAUAAAUCCAAAUUUAAUGAAACAAUAUUGGCUACUGCAGCGUUCACGGCGGCCACUGAACCGGUAGAUGUCCAAAACGAAGUACGGUGGUUUGAAGGAGAAUUGCCUAGGCAACCUUAUGAGGAGAAUGAUAAGAAAACAUUACUACGGAAUGCCCACUCUGAAUCUGACAGACUUCUUAACAGGAGGCCAAGCAAGGAAUCAAUAUCGUCAAAAUAUUAG